GAGUGCGGCCGUGCCAGUGCCAUAGCACCGCUGAUGCUUGCAACAUGCAGCAGAACAUCUACAUGCAGAGCAAUGAGCACUUUGAGGUGUUCACCACCGUCUUCUCUCCUCAAGUGAGCCGUGGCAGGCAUCGGUACCGGCAAGAGGCCCCCGAGAAGAUGGUAGUAAAACACAGCUACAAACCCCACUGGCCAGACGAGCUCGAACUCACCCAGGGUGAUGUCAUUCAAGUUCUCUUCAAGCAUGAGGAGUCGAGGUGGUACGGACGGCUGCAGACUGGUCAGCAGGGAUACUUCCCCGCCACUCAUGUUACGGAGCUGAUCGAGGAGGACGAGCCGCCUAAAGAAGGCAAUGUUUCAAUAAGGAGGAGUUCAGACGGGGUCGUGCUGACGGCUGGGACACAUGGUUCUGGAGGCCCCCCGCCAACACCCGGCGCUCGGAGGCGACUGUCCCUGAGGUGCGGCGACGAGAGUCCGUUCCACGCACUGCGGCGCGAGUCCCAGCACGUCGCCGCGGCCGCCUGCCACUCUCCGCGCCUGCUCCAGCGGAUCCUCUCCAAGAACCGGCGGAAGAGCGAGAGUCACAAGGGGGCCUCCAACGGGGCCUUCGAGCCCGACUGAGCGCAACCAACCACGGAGGAGAAGGAGGAGGGGGGCGGGGGUGAUUAGAGAGACAAGAGAAACACCCCCGCCCCACACACACACACACACCCCUGGCCCCUGCAGGCAGAAAAAGGAGGGAAUGGAGAAAUCUAUUACAUGGGAAACCUCUGUAAUAGAUCUGAUCUGGGGCCUGUGAUAAUUUAACCGGGCUGCUCGCUGGGCUGCUGGAUAAGGGCUGAGACUCAGAUCUGAGGGCAGUCUCAGAUCAGUGCUCUGUUUGGGUGCAGGAGAAGAGCACCAGCAGAAGAGGCUGUGUCAAAGGCAAUGUCCACUGCAGGUCUAAAAGCUCGCUCCACCCAAACACAUUCCAAACCACCCUCACCCUCAAUGGAAGUCUGUGUUGCAGCAAGCAUGACACAAUGCCAUGAACUGAGAUUUUUAUUAGGGGCAGGGGUUGAAUGAGUCGAAUGAGUAGUUAAAUUCUCUAGCCAACACAAUUAGCAAGUUGAUAUUUUAUAGUGCUUGUUCUGGUGUCGCCACAGCAAAGGGGUUUUGUGUGGAUUGCAGUGAUGUUUUUUUGUUGUUUUUUGUUGUCAUUUGUUAAGAGGUGAUUUAUUUUAUUGCUCUUGUAUUUGGGUCUUUUAAAUGAAUUUGGUUUAAUGUCUCGUAAUAUCCAAAAUAUAUCUACAAUACACAAUACUAUACAACACAAACUAUACAAAUGUACAGUAGAAUAACAGUUAAAUAGAGGGGAAAAUAUCAGUCCAGGUUUCACGUCAUCCAUCUCUGUAAUGUGUUCCAUGGUAUUAAAUCUUAUUUAAGGCAUACAUGACUGCCUUGUCCAAUGAGAGAGUGCGACAGAACAUUUGAAUGUGUUAAGAUAGGAAAUGGCAUCAUUAUUUUGAGUGUUGCCGUGGUAACUGAAUUAUCAUUGGUUCCAUAAAGUUUGUGAAUGUGGUAGUGCUGAGGUGACUGGCUGCUACAUCAUCGGAGCAGAGCAUUCUCAUUGGCUGUUGUGUUGGCGGCUGUGGUGAAUGAGACAGUUUUGAGUGUUGAAGGCUCAAUAUCAUUAUGUGUCAUUUUUAUUGUAUUAGGAAUUGUAAUCUAUUUAAAUGAUGAGGCUUUCAGAUAAAUGCUAAUUACAAAAAAUAUAUAGGACUAAUAUCCACCUCUCCAUAAUGUAGAAUUAAAACGACAGAUAUUUAUAUUCCACAUUAUGAACUAAUUUUCAACAUUGAUUUACAAGGAUAAAGGUUCCUAUUAUCUCACAGGGUUUUAGGUGGUUUAAGUUAAUAAAGUGGUUUGGCCAUCUGCCUAAAGCAGCUUA